AAACCAGUGAAUUCGGGUGCUGCUACAGCGGAUGCAUCUGGUGUUAGGAAUAAGAGGUUAUCUAGGGAAACCCUGUCUAAGAAAAACAUGACUCCACCAAGUUCUUCCGGUACUCGGAAGUCGGAGCGUCUUGAGAAGCAGACUACGGAUUUGAAUUCAAUGACUCCUCCAGCUAAGAGGAAAUCUAAGCGAAUUGAGAAGCAGAAGAGUGCGAGUCCUUUGAGGAGAUCUGAGAGGGGUAAGAUGGCCUCCUUAUCCGGUUCUUCGGGAUCAAAGAGGUCUGAUAAGAGCCCGGAUUUGCUGGAUAUGAAAAGGAAGAAAGAGAAAAAAGAGAAGAGCGUGAAACAAUUGACAAUGGAAACUGUAGAAGUUAACAAAAAAAAGCUAGAAGAUGGGCAAGCCAAUGAGGCACCAAAGAAGAGAAUGGGUGCUCGUGCCUAUAGAGCAUUGUUCAGGAAACAACCCAAGAAAGUUGAUGGAACAGACUUUUCUGCUUGUGUUGUAGAUCAUUGUGAUGAUCUGAAUGUAACUGAUAAUGGAAGGAGGGAGGCGGACCUUGUGGAAGAACUUGCUGAGAGAACUCGUGAAAAGACUGUGGUGACAAGUACAAGUCAAUCUGUGAAGGAAGCACUUGAAAAAAAUAACGAGUAUAAAUUGUUUCCCACUGGGCAAAAGGAUAGCUGCAAGGGUAUGUCUUCAAAUGGGGAUGGUCUGCAAGUUUCUAAUAAUGGUUUGGUCACUGGAGAAAUGAAUGAUAAUGCUGAAAAGGAUGCGCAGGAAAAUCUGCAAAGUCCACUGUUAUUAAAUUCCAUCAUUCAUGGAGGGGUCCUUGAUUGUGAUAUCAGUUUGGAGAUGGUUCAGAAAAUCAGGCCUUCCAAAAGGAAAGGAAAUGAUAUAGACAUUGAUUCUGUUUCUUUUCCAAAAAUAUCAACUAAAGAUAUUGCGACCUCUGCUGGUGCUGGAACUUUAUUGUCACCUGGUUGCAAAAGAAAAGAUUGCAUUGAGACUUGUGGAAUGUGUUCUAAAAGGAAAAGGGUUGACUGCGAUUCAACAAAGCAUGAGAUUUGCUCUUGUAAUUCAAAGUUAAACCAGUUGCUUAGAUCCUCUGAUAUUAAGGAUAGAGGGAAACUCGAUGUUGGUAUUAGCACGGGACAAAUUGAAAAGCCCUGUAAUUAUACAUUACAACAUAUGUCCUCGACCGAUCUUCAAACAGGCAGUGGUCAAAAUACUUGCAUUGUAUGCAAACUGGAUGGAAAGCUCUUAUGCUGUCAUGGAAAAGGGUGCCAAAUAAGCUACCAUCUUUCGUGUCUAGAAGCUCCCCUUGAGGAGUUUCCUUUUGGAGUAUGGUACUGUGUAGUAUGUGCGAGGAAAAAAUUAGAAUCAGGGGUGCAUACAGUUUCAGAGGGAAUAGAAGCAAUUUGGGAUUCUAGAGAACUGGAGUCUUCAAAGGAUGGAUUGCGAAGACAGAAGCAAUAUUUUGUGAAAUACAAAGGUCUCGCUCAUGUCCAUAAUCGUUGGGUACCAGAGAAUCAGGUGUUGCUUGAAGCUCCAUCGCUUGUUGCAAAAUAUAACCGAAGAAACCAGGGUGCUGCAUGGAAGCAACACUGGGCGGUGCCACAUCGUGUGCUACAGAAAAGAUUGUUGAUGACUCCCAAGGAGUCUGAUGAGCACCAUAAUAAAGGGCAUGGUGGUGAUAAGUUAAAUUGUCAUGUUGAGUGGCUUGUGAAAUGGUGUGGUCUUGGUUAUGAUCAUGCUUCAUGGGAAUUGGAGAAUGCUUCCUUUUUCAGUUAUCCAGAAGGUCAGAGCCUUAUACGAGAUUAUGAAACUCGUCGCAACAAGGCAAAGAGAGCUUCUAAAUUUGAUAAGGAAAGAGCAGUUGCAUCCCUAAAAGCUUCUCAAUUACAGGACGGAGUUUCAUCUGGACUGGAUGCUAACCUUGAUGCUGUUAACAAACUAUGCAACUAUUGGUGUAGGGGCCAGAAUGCUGUCAUUUUGGAUGACCAGGAAAGGAUUUUGAAUGUUAUUUCUUCCAUUCUAUCUUUUCCAUCUGACAUCUCUAGGCCUUUUCUCAUCAUCACAACUUCCACUUCACAAUAUUCAUGGGAUGAGGAGUUCUUGCAUUUAGUGCCAUCUGCUGAUGUUGUGGUUUACAGUGGCAGUAAAGAAAUUCGGAAUAGUAUUAGGAACCUGGAGUUUUAUGACGAAGGAGGUUGUAUAAUGUUUCAAGUGCUUAUAACCUCACCAGAAGUUAUCAGCGAGGACUUGAAUGUGCUUGAUUGCAUAGGAUGGGAGGCAAUAAUAGUGGAUGAGUGCCAACGUCCAAGAGUUGCUUCUUGUUUUGAACAAAUUAAGAUGUUAACUGCUAGUAAGAGGCUUUUAAUUAUCAGCAGUCAACUGAAGGAUAAUGUUGCUGAGUACCUUAAUCUUCUUUCUCUGCUUGAUUCUGAAAGCGAUUCAAAUGGCAGUGACAGCUUGCUAACGAACUCAAGUGAUAGUAUUGGUACUCUGAAGGAGAGGUUGGCGAAAUAUGUUGCUUAUGAGUGCAAAUUAGAAUCAUCUAGAUUUCUAGAAUACUGGGUUCCUGUACUUUUAUCCAAUGUGCAGCUAGAGCAGUAUUGUUUUAGUCUACUUUCAAACUCUCUCUCUCUUUGCUCACUUUCAAAGACUGAUCCUGUUGGAGCUCUCCGUAGCAUUCUUAUCUCCAGCCGAAAGUGUUGUGAUCAUCCCUAUGUUGUGGAUCAAUCCCUUCAAUUGUUGCUCACUAAAGGCCUUAAAGAGGUUGAGUUUUUGGAUGUUGGCAUAAAAGCUAGUGGCAAAUUACAACUUCUUGAUGCAAUGCUUUUGGAGAUCAAGAAACAAAAGUUGAAAGUGCUUAUUCUUUUCCAGUACAUUGGUGGUUCUGGAAGGGAUUUAAUGGGAGAUAUUUUGGAUGACUUUCUGCGUCAAAGAUUUGGUGCAGAUUCUUAUGAGCGUGUGGAUGGUGGUGUUACCCCUUCAAAGAAGCAAUCUGCUUUGAACAAAUUCAAUAACGAGAGCGAGAGAUUUGUCUUUCUAUUAGAAACCCGUGCUUGUCUUCCCAGCAUCAAAUUAUCUGCAGUUGGUACCGUCAUAAUAUUUGGAAGUGAUUGGAGCCCAAUGAAUGAUCUAAGAGCCCUUCAGAGGAUAACACUUGAUUCUCAAUUUGAACAAAUAAACAUAUUUCGUUUAUAUUCAUCAUUUACUGUGGAGGAAAAAGUUUUGAUGCUUUCAAAACAAGAUAAGACACUUGAUAGCAACAUAGAGAACAUAAGCCCUAGUAGUAGUCAAAUGCUGCUGAAAUGGGGGGCUUCAUACCUAUUCAGUCAGUUGGAUAAAUUUCAUGGUAUCCCAACACUGGAUGCAAAUACAUUGUCUGAGCAAUCACAUUUAAAAGAUGUUCUUCAAGAAUUCUUUAUCUUACUGCGUCAAACUGGGAUAGAAAAUGAUGCAAGCAAGUUAUCCCUAAUUUUACAAGCCAAACAAAAUCGAGGAAUGUAUGGGACGGAAAUGCCAUUGUUUGGUGAGCAGAAAAUUCAAGUGAUGAAUGAAGAUCCUCCUCAUAUAUUUUGGACAAAACUUUUGGAGGGAAAAAGUCCAAGAUGGAAGUAUUCUUCUUGUUCAUCUCAGAGGAAUCGGAAAAGGGUUCAAUAUUUUGAUGAUUUGCAAGAUAAACCUGAGGCUGAAAGUGCUGAAGUUGUAAAGAGGCGCAAGAAGGUAGUCAGUGAUGGGAAUGAUCAUCCCUCUCCAAAAGCUAUGCUGCAAGAGGAGAAAAUGGCUGCUUGGGACAGGGAAGGAAGCUCAGGAACCUCAGCAUAUGGUUUAUCUCCUUCUUUGAGUAGAUCAACAGCUUGUGGAAGUGACAAAAGUCAUGCAACCUCUAACUCACUUCAUCUGGCCAAUAAUAUCUCAAAAAUACCAGCUCUUAACAUAGUUGAAUGGGAGAGAAGAAAACAGCGUGACUCACAGAAGAAUCUCCAUGUUCUUUUGAGGCCACAGAUAGCAAAACUCUGUGAAGUUCUACAACUUUCAGAGGAUGUCAAGGCUAUGGUUGAAAGGUUUCUUGAAUAUGUCAUGAAUAAUCAUCUGGUUAAUAGGGAACCAGCGUCCAUUUUGCAGGCAUUUCAGAUUUCUCUGUGUUGGAGUGCAGCUUCUUUGUUGAAGCAGAAAAUUGAUCACAAAGAAUCACUUGCCCUUGCAAAGCAGCAUCUAGGCUUUACCUGCAAGAAAGAAGAGGCAGACUAUGUUUAUUCAAUGUUGCGGUGUCUGAAGAGAAUGUUUCUAUACCGUACAGGGUAUUUGAAGGUCCCACACUCUCCCACAGCUUCUGAACUAUCAAGUAAAGCUGUUGGAAGAGAUUAUUCCAAUGCAACAUCUUACAAGCAAAAUGUAGAAGCAAAGACUGAAGAUUUAUCGGGGUUUCAAGAGGGUUCUGAUAUACAGGCCAUUGCAGAGUCUGGAGUGGCCCUAGAAUUCCAAUUGGCACAGAGAGAUCUUCUAAAAAGCAUCAAAGAAAUUCAGAAAAAGUGUGAUAAGCAGAUGACAAAACUAAAAGAGAAGCAAAAGGAGGAAAUGAAGCAAUUUAACCAGAAGUAUGAGGAAGAAAAGGCACAACUAGAGAAUAAGAAAAGAACAGAAGCAGCUGUUAUCCGUUUGCAUAGUAAUGCCUCAAUGAGGACUGAUAAGCUCAAGAAUUUGGAUAUUGAAUAUGCAAGGAAGUUUGAUGAACUCAAACAGCAGAUAGAUCUACACCUUAAGAAUCUUGAUGCAUUGCAGGUGGCAGCAAGAAGCAAUGUUCUAGAGAGAAAGACUCGUUGGAUAGAAGCGGUUAAGUCCUGGGCUAGGGUUGAGUUAGUGAAGCCACCUGUAAAUGAGGUGAAUCUUUCUGAAGGAAGGAGUUCUGCUGGAGUUAUUCAAUCUGCUUCAGGAAGUGAGGUAAGAUUGUCCAAAAUUGUUCACGUUGUUCCAGACAAAGUUAUGGCAUGUAUUGAUCCAAUUGGUACGGCUAGACCCUACAAGGAUAAUUUUGAGGGAGCAUUAGUUGGGGAGUGUAAUGUAACUGUAUGUUCUGGUGGUGGUAAGGGACAAGCUGUCAACAAAGAUUCAUGGCCCAGAGAACAGGUUCCUGUUGGAGAAAUUCCAGACAGAGGGGUUCGAGUAGAUGUCCCUGUGACUGUCAGUUCAGGUGAUGUUACAGAUAAUCUCCUUUCCAUGGGAUGUUCUGAUGGAGACCGGAUUUCUGAUGGAUCUAAAUUGAAUAUAUCAAAUGGGGAUCCUUAUCCUGUUUCUCCAAUUGGUGCUCCAGAGAAUCUUGUCUCUGUGGAAGCACCCUUAUGUGAAGAAAUUCCCAAUGGAGCCACAACAGGCAAGCCUAACAGGGAGGUUCCCCUUAAAGCAGCUGACAGUGUCCGUUUCUGUGACAGUCAGGAGAACCUUGCCUCGUUGCAAGUACCAUCAGCUGAAAAAGUUUCUGAUAGAGACACAUUAAGAAAGGUUGAUGGGGAGACCCCCUUGAGAGAAUCAGAAACUGUCAUUGCUGGUGAAGGUCAAGAGAACCUUGUCUCAUUAGAAGCGCCUUCAUCUGUAGAAAAACCCAAUGGAUCCAAUUUAAGGAAAGUUGAUGGGUGUUUUCCCCUAAGAGAAACUGUGAUUGCCAAUUCUGGUGAAGGUCAGGAGAACCUUGUCUCAGCAGAAGCACCUUUGUCUGAAGAAAUUCCUGAUGCAGCUGCAGUAGGAAGGGCUGUUGGGGACAUCCACUUGAGAACCACUGAGAACGUCUAUUCUGGUGGUGGUCAGGAGAAUCUUGUCUCAUUGGAAGCACCUUCAUCUGUAGAAAUUCCUGAUGGAAUCACAUUAAGCAAUUUUGAUGGUAAGGUUCUGUUGAGAGUAUCUGAGACUGUAAGUUCUGGGGAAGGCCAUGAGAAUUUGCUAGCCAUACCUUCUUCUGAAGAAAUUCCUGGUGGAAUCACAGUAAGAAUGGCUGAUGGGGAGCUUCCCUUGAGUGCACCUGAAUCUGUCAGUUCUAGUGUAGGUCAGGGGACUAUCAUGCCUGCUAACUCUUCAUUUGAGAAACAGAUUGCUGGUGGAGCUACAUUGAAUUUGCCUGAUGGAGAAGUUCCAAAGAGCAUGUCUGAUAUUUCCACUUCCAGUGAUGGCAUGGAUAAAAUUGUCUACAUGAAUCCCUCUACAACUAAAGAACAAAUACCAGAUACAUUUGCAUUUUCCAAUCCUGCUGAAGAGGUCUCUUUGGCAGAACCUGGAACUGCUCCUAGUGAAGUCCUCGAGGGUGGUAGUGUUGAUAGAGAGAAUGAUGGAACAAGUGUCAUUGAAAUUGAUCAACAGGAUGGCGUACUAUGCACUAUGAACCAGGAAUCUGAAUUGCUAGAACCAUCUCUGGCAGAUCUAUCUUCAGUGCAGCCUGUACCUACCUUGGACCAAGGUGGUCCACUGCCACCAGAUCUGGUAUCCCCAAAUGUGGGUUUUCCUCCAUGUGAUUCCUCUGGAAUACUAGCUAGAGCCAUUGCAAAUGAUGAAAUGGGAAAUGCUUUUCAGAUGGCUGAAACUUCACCAUCUAAUGGCACCAUUGAUGUGACUUGCAAUGUGUCCAAUCCUAAUACACCAGUUGUGGAGCUUAGAGAGCAAAUGCAGCAUUUGAGAUCCACAGAAUCAACUUCUAACCUUUCUCCUCCUGAUCUACCUUCAGUUAGUGCAAUUGGACAUCAACCAAGCAAUGAAGUUCAAACUGCUAACCAAAUUUCUCAGGCUCCAAGGCAACUGGUGGCAAACCCUAUUGAGCUCUCCGAUCAAGAUGUUUUGCAGCCUCUGCAUUCGCCCAUUAAUGGCACCAUUGGUGGGCUUGUGAGACAGACUUCAGAAACAAGGACAAUUUCAGUCCCUUCUGUUUCUAUUGGCCUUCCCUUACAGACUGCACCUGCUAUAUCAUCUCGGAUGCCUCUGCCUUUGUAUCAUGACCCACUUCAAAAUGAAAUGGAAAGAAUAUGCAAAGAAAAAGACCAAACCAUUAAGGUUCAUGAAGACACGAAGCUGCAGCUGAAGGCAGAGUGUGAAAAGGAGAUUGAGGAGGUUGUAGCUCAGAUUCGUAGAAAGUAUGAAGUUAAACUUCAGGAGAAAGAGGCAGAAUUUCUGCUUCUGAAAAAGGAUCUUGAUGUAAAUUACAACAAAGUUCUCUUGAAUAAGAUCUUGGCUGAGGCUUUCAGGUCGAAAUGUAUGGAUAACAGGGCAUCUGGCUUAGCAGCACAGCAAGAGGCAAGUUCCAGUUUCAUGCAGCAGCUGGUUCAACUUUCAUCACAACAGACGGCUCAACAGCCUUCCAUCGCUCCUGGUCCUUCAACUGGCUCAGCUACUAGCAUGCAAACUGUUUCACCUGCUGUAGUCAAUGGACAAACCACCUGUCCACCUCUGCAGCCUUCCACUGCUUCUGGUCUUCCUUCAACUGGCUCAGCUUCUAGCAUGCAAACUGUUUCACCUGCUGUAGUUACACAAACCAUGGGUCCUCCUUUGCAAGUUGUUAAUCCUUCGGCGUUAUUAUCAGGCACUCCAACUAGACCUCCCCAUAUCAGUUCCAUCUCCCCUUCCACAGGAAACCUUCAAAUGGGCACUGAAAUUCGUGCUCCUGCUCCGCAUCUACAGCCAUUUAGACCUUCAGCAUCCAUUUCUCCUAGCAGUCUCCCAUUGCAUUCUCGUGGAAUGUCAAGUCAGCAGGCACAUAGUAACCACGCUGUGGCUUCUACGUCGUUGCUCCAGUCAUAUGGCAACUCCCUUGCACAUAGGCAGACAUCAACUACGGCCCAAUCUGGUAGGAUCCAACUUGAAAUUGCCGGAGGGUUGGCAGCUCUACCUAACCCUUCUUUGCCUUCAUUGGAUGUUUUAAUGGGCAUGAACACUCUAUCUGGUGCCAAUGCAAAUGCCUUAAGCAACUUGCUGCCAGAUGUUAGUUCAAGCUUGGCUACACUGAUCCAUCAGGAAUCUCGAGUGCCAAGUAUUCGUUCUAACCCAGCACAACAAAGCGGAGCAACUGACAUUGUUUGUUUGUCAGAUGAUGACUAACCAUAACCGCUAGAUGAGAUGUUGUUUAACAAAGAUCUAAUAUGCAGCGGCGGAUUCUUUCAGUUUUUGAGUCAAAAGGGCUUCUCAAUUACUAGUGCAAGGUGACAGAAAUUGAGGUGAGACUUUGCUCGGAAAUUAGCGUUGGGUUGGUCGUAUAUGGACGAAUGUUGUUUGUAGUUAAUAGUU